AGACCGGAGCGGGCCAAGGGGAACAGCCGGGAUGAGAGAAACCCGCGAUGCGGGGGCAAGGGAGGAGGAGCCUCAAGAAGGCGGCCAGGGCCAUCUCUCGUCCUCUUUCGAGUUUCUAGGGUUCACUCCCUCGUCGUCUCCUCCCUCACUCUCCUCAUUCCGACGACGACAUCGAUUCGCAGCCAUGGUGUCCCUCAAGCUGCAGAAGCGCUUGGCCGCUUCUGUGCUCAAGUGCGGUGAGCGCAAGGUAUGGCUCGAUCCCAAUGAGGUCAACGAAAUCUCCAUGGCCAACAGCCGACAGAACAUCCGCAAGCUGGUGAAGGACGGCUUCGUCAUCCGCAAGCCCCAGAAGAUCCACUCGCGUGCUCGUGCCCGCCGUGCCCUGGAAGCCAAGCGCAAGGGUCGUCAUUCUGGCUACGGAAAGCGCCGCGGUACCAGGGAGGCCCGACUUCCUACCAAGGUGCUGUGGUUGCGGCGCAUGCGUGUGUUGAGACGUCUUCUGCGCAAGUACCGUGACGCUAAGAAGAUUGACAAGCACAUGUACCACGACAUGUACAUGAAAGUCAAGGGUAACGUAUUCAAAAACAAGCGGGUGUUGAUGGAGAGCAUUCACAAAUCCAAGGCUGAGAAGGCACGUGAGAAGACAUUGUCUGACCAGUUCGAGGCCAGGCGUGCUAAGAACAAGGCCACACGUGAGCGUAAGAUUGCUAGGAGGGAAGAGCGUCAGGCUCAGGGUAUCCCUGAGGCUGCCCCCGCCCAGGCUGCUGAAGCCCCAGUUAGUGCUGCUCCAGUGAAGAAGUCCAAGAAAUAGAGUAUAUGACUUUUAUCUCUGUAGUAUGAGCUCUCCUCCUGGGUGUGAACCUACACCAAAGGAUGUCUUCUUCUUCACACACAUCACUUCUUGGCUUUGUAGUGUUCUUCAAUCUAAUUGCCCUCGCUCCGUGGGCUACAUUUUCUUCUUA